AUGAAGAGACUUCACCUUUGUCCGGUCAAACCAAGACCGUUGAGGGACCGCAAAAGAGAACCCAAACAAUCCGAGAAACCCAAUCGCCGAACAGAUCUAAGAAGGGAGCAAACCGGAGAUUCAAACAAAAACGAAGGAGACAAAGCAAAGGUGAAAGAGCCACCAAGGAGAGAUGACCCAAGCUCCGACGGUCACCAAAACUGUGGAUCCACCUCCACAAAUCACUAUUACCGACAAAUGCCUUCUUCCCUAUCACCCAAUACCAGGCGAGGACCAACACAAAAGAGACGAAACAUAAAAGAUCUAGCGCUAAGCAAGAAUAAGAGGGGUCCGUGA